GCAAGCUCUGAUCAAUCCCAGGCAUUUUAGUGGUCUUUUUAAUGUUUUCUGCUGUGAAACGUUUCCAAGCCCCCGUGGAAAUUAGUUACGACAACAUGCGUUUCCUGAUCACUCACAACCCAACCAACGCCACCCUUGCCAAGUUCAUAGAGGAGCUGACGAAGUAUGGGGUGACAACCUUGGUGCGAGUCUGUGAAGCCACGUAUGAUAAAGCUCCGAUCGAAAAAGAAGGAAUCCAAGUUCUAGACUGGCCGUUUGAUGAUGGAGCUCCACCCCCCAAUCAGAUCGUUGACGACUGGUUCAGCCUGUUGAGAACCAAAUUUCGUGAAGACCCUGGCUGCUGUGUCGCUGUUCACUGUGUUGCAGGGUUGGGAAGGGCUCCUGUCCUGGUUGCACUUGCUCUCAUUGAAUGUGGAAUGAAGUAUGAAGAUGCAGUUCAGUUUAUAAGGCAGAAAAGGAGGGGAGCUUUCAAUUCCAAACAGCUGCUUUACCUUGAGAAAUACCGGCCUAAGAUGCGAUUACGCUUCAAAGAUGCCAACGGUCACUGCUGUGUUCAAUAAAAACAAAACAAAAGAAUAAAUCUCAGUCGAAGGCAGAAGGUAGCAUGGCUGUUUUCUGGACUCUUGGCACCUGGAAAUGUGAAUCUGGAAUCAAACUACAUCAUCAAAUUAGUGGUGGAGUCAGUGCUCCUCAACCUCAGUCCUAAUGGUGGUGAUUGAAAAAAAAAAUAAUUGAAAAAAAAUUAAAAAAAAAUAAGAUUAAGAGAAACAUUUCAGUGAAGGAUUUUCUCCUUAAGCUGCAGUUUGAACAUCUGCAAGGAGAAAAUAAGUUUCUGAAUCUCCUGUAUUUUUAACUUUUUAAGAAAAGAAAUAAAUUUUAUGUCUUAAGGAAAACCAGC